AUGGCAUCAUGCUUGUAUGAAUGUCUUUGUGAGGCAGAACUUGGAAAAUAUUACCCUCAUUUUGCUGCCUUUGGCCUUCAGAAAAUAGAUGAAUUAGCUAAAGUCACAAUGAAAGACUACUCCAAAUUGGGAGUCCACAAUAUGAAUGACCGUAAGCGCCUCUUCCAGCUCAUUAAAAUCAUUCAAAUCAUGCAGGAAGAAGAUAAAACUACUAACAGCUCCCAGCAAGAUCUUCCAAUAAGUAACCUCCGUGUGCAUCCUCAAAGAGCAAGAUCAGGACCUCGAAGGCAACUGUGCUUUGAUGCUUUUGUUGACGAAAAAGACCAAACAGCUGAGGAUUUUGCAUUUGACACAUGUAGUCUGUCAGACUUCUGUUCAGCCGAAGACAAACCCAAUUUAAUAGAUAUGUUGGAGCAUAUUCUGCCAGGUGAUACCCGGUACAGUAAAAAGCCAAGAACUCCUAAUGCUGCAGUUGCCGAUACAAGUGUGCAAACAGAAACAAACAGUGCGACAUUGUUUUCAUCAAAUAACUUUUCUCCGCUUUUGGGAGAUAUUGAGGUCCCUACCAUACAAAGAGUCACUCACAUUUCUGGAUAUAAUUAUGGAGUCCCUCAUUCUUAUGUCAGAGAGAAUAUCUCAGAGAAGGAUAAUGUUUGGACUGAAACUGAGAAAAUCAGAGUAUGUGUACGGAAACGCCCUCUGGGCCUGAGGGAAGAAAGGCGUGGAGAAAUUAACAUUAUUACUGUAGAAGAUAAAGAAACUUUACUUGUCUAUGAAAAGAAAGAGGCGGUUGACCUUACCCAAUAUAUUCUACAGCAUGUUUUUUAUUUUGAUGAAGUCUUUGGUGAGACGUGUACCAAUCAAGAUGUAUAUAUGAAGACCACUCACCCACUCAUUCAGCAUAUUUUCAAAGGAGGAAAUGCCACUUGCUUUGCAUAUGGACAGACAGGGGCUGGAAAGACUUACACAAUGAUAGGGACUCAUCAAAACCCAGGGCUCUAUGCUCUCGCUUCUGAAGACAUCUUUAGGCAAAUAGACCUCGCCCAGCCAAGGAGAGACCUCUCUGUGUGGAUUAGUUUUUAUGAGAUCUACUGUGGACAACUUUAUGAUCUUCUAAAUGGAAGGAAAAGACUUUUUGCGAGAGAAGAUAGUAAACAUGUUGUACAGAUAGUGGGACUGCAGGAACUUCCAGUGGAUAGUGUGGAUCUCCUUUUACAGGUUAUUUUGAAGGGUGGCAAGGAACGUAGCACUGGUGCUACCGGAGUCAAUUCCGAUUCCUCCCGUUCCCAUGCUAUCAUCCAAAUUCAGAUUAAAGAUUCAGCCAAGAGAACCUUUGGAAGGAUAUCUUUCAUUGACUUGGCUGGAAGUGAGAGAGCAGCUGAUGCCAGAGAUUCAGAUAAACAAACAAAAAUUGAAGGUGCAGAAAUAAACCAAAGCCUUCUAGCUCUAAAAGAAUGCAUCCGUGCACUGGACCAGGAACAUGCUCAUACUCCCUUCAGACAAAGCAAAUUAACUCAGGUACUGAAGGAUUCUUUCAUUGGUAAUUCCAAAACCUGCAUGAUUGCCAAUGUAUCACCUAGCCACAUGGCUACAGAGCAUACCUUGAACACUUUACGUUAUGCUGACAGGGUGAAAGAACUAAAAAAAGGAAUUAAAUGCUAUACCCCAGUUACCAGUCGAAAUCGGUCAUCUGGACAUGUGUCUCCAAAACGGAUUCAAUGCUCACCUUCAGUGCUGCUAGCAGACAAGUGCUCUCCCAAAAAAGUGAGGUUGGGAUUUCAGCAACCUCUCACAUCGACCUUCGGCACUACACGAGGGAAAUGCUAUCCUUUAGCCUUUCAUUCAGCCAAUGUCCCUUUUUCUUCCACUCCCAAAGUCACGGGCAAAGGGAACGUCUCCAAAGGUAAUCUUAGCCAUGUAUGCAUCACUCCCACGACUCCUCUUAAAGAACCUGCAAAGGUAGGGUCUCCCACAAAGAAGAAGAUGGAAGAUUCUACAUUGGGUUUCGAGAAGCUCUGUCCUAUCAAGGACCUUGUUGGCAAUCCAACCACAGCCACAGUGCUAGGAAACAGAGGCACGGGCCUUGGGGGGACCUGUAUGCCAGGCCAGUGCAAAAGAGUACCAGCAGUGCAGCCUGUGCAGAAGCAACUUGUGUCCCGAGGUGAAUUCUCUUUUGGUGAGCCCCCUCACGGAGGGCAGUGUAGUCAGACCUGCGAGAAGGUGCUGGCCAAAUGCUGCUCUGAAGCUUGGACCACUAUACCUCCUCAUCAGAAAGACAGGGAAGCACAUUUGCGCUUUUACCACCAGCAGUUUCAGCAACCACCUCUUCUCCAGCAGAAGUUAAACUACCAGCCGCUGGAACAGUUUUUAUGCCAGUACAACCCCCAAGAUAUUAGAGUCCAGCAAGAUACACCUCCCUUGCUUCCUUCCUACUCCCCAAACCGAGAUGUCACCCAACUGGAAGACCUAGAUGACAGUGAUUUCAGUGAAGAUUCUUUUUCACCUAUUUCUAACCAAAGGACAGCCAAGAGAAGAAAUACCCAGGAAUGUAAUGAACACUCAUUCUUCCUUCAUAAGAGAGAAGAACAAGGAACUGAGGCUCAGGAAGCUGGAAGUGAGCAGAGUUUGUUUUUUAACUACAGGAUAAAUACUCAAGAGAAUGAUGUGAAUGAACAUUGGGUUUAUGCCAGGAAUUCAGCCUGUCUAGACACGGCAGAGCUGAACAGAGAGCACCAAGACAACAAGGCCCUUUCUGAUUGGAGCAUAGAGGGGGAUUCGACUUCCUCAGACUCCUCUCCAGGCGACAACAUAGCAGAGCAACCUUACUGCUCUCAGGUGGAUUUUGUUCAUGACAGGAAGAGGAGUAACCGAGCAUCUGACCACAGACAUGUCCCUUUCAAAGAUGAACCUCGUCUCCAGGCUGAUGGCACCUCAUCCCCACCAGAAAGGGACACAUCCACAUUCUCAAUGUUAAACCUUGCAGAUCAUGAGUCUUCAGAUAAAAGAGAUUCAGUCACCUUCCCACAGGAAGAAAGCUUUAAUAGCAGCCAAACUCAGCUGAUGAAACCAAUGAAGAAAAGUAACCUUCAUGUUGAAGGAGACUUUUGUAAAGGAUCAAAGGUAUUAGCAGAGUCUGCUUCCUGGCCAGUGGCCCCUCUCACAAUGUCUCUUCUUGAGAGCACAGACAAGGAAGCUUCUAAUGAACCCUUUCUUAACCAGAUGCCAAGAUCUCCUCAGAGAAGGAAAUGGAUACUGGAUAUGAGCACACCACAUUCUGGAAAGUGUGACAAGGAGGUCAGAAUACUCAAUACAACCAAAAACUUCACAGCAGAAAAUACCAGUAUGCUCCCGGGUUUGGACAAACCAACAUUGGCUUCUGAUAGCAAGUCAGCUCUGCUGUUGUCUCCACAAUCAGAGGACCAGUGGUUUUUGUCAGCCUGCGCUUCUGCUGAACCACCUGGUGGUCUCCCAAACCUAUCUUCCUCAACAGUCCAUCAGGACUCAGUUAAUGAUCUCUCAGUAAGUGAAGUCAAUGUAGAAGAGUCCUUGGAGAGCGAAGUGGGAACAAUGGCCUUCAGAAACAUGAAAUGUCAAGACUAUGUAAACAGCAAGCAUUAUGAUGCAGAUACAGAAGAGACCGUGCUGAGCUUGGAUUUGAGCUCCCCAGAAAAGCCCUACCCUAACAAGGAAAGUCUAGGAGUCAGCCACGGGUCAGCUUCUCCUGUGGUUCCUACAGAUGUGCCUGAAAAAGGGUUCUCAAGCAGCCCAGAGGCUCUUACAAAAACCAGUAGUGUUUAUUCCCCUGUCCAGCCCCUAGACCAUGAGAACAAACCCCAGAAAUCCGGAAGCCCCUUCAAGUUGUCUUUCAGUAGUGAGGAAAUUGGGCAGCUAAAACAUAGACUGAUGCAGAGCAUCUUUGCACAGACUGCUGAGCCCAUGAAUUCUUUGGCAAAUCAGACUUCAGAAAACCAAUCUACCCCUGGCAGUCAAAGUGGCCUGCUCCCGCUUGUGAAAGAGAGGCAUCAGGAAAGUCUGAAACAAGCGCAGCAGGUUGUCAUUCAAGCCCACCAGGAACAGCUGGACAAAAUGGCAGAACUAGAUUUCAAGGAGGAGAGUUUGAUGGAUCAAAUGUCAGCAGCUGAUUUUGAAGACUUUGUGACCAAGCUAGAUGAAAUCAUGGUCCUGAAAUCCAAGUGUAUCCAGAGUCUCCGAGACCAACUGCAUCUCUACCUUGCCUGCUGCAGGACACCAGCUGAAAUUCUGCCUAGGUCCAUAGACAUGGAUAUUUAG